AGAGGUUCUCACAUGGUUCUAUCUGAGGCUCUCCUCUCCUCUAAUGUUCUCAGAUGUGGUCCAGUUUAGUUUUGCUGCAGAUCAAACAUAGCUCUAACAUCACCCAGUGGAUUAGAGAGGAUCUGUACCUCCUCCCAUUCAUUCUCUCUUACACAGAACCUGACUUCAGUUUGAGCUGCAGAACCAAAUUAUUCUCUUUCACGCUCACUGGGUUUAACUCCACCCACCUGCUGUGUUGGCAACCCGAAAACAAGCGCUCCUCCUCAGUCAGUUUGCUGCUGGACUUUGUUUCACAUUCUUCAGUUCCUGUUCUAUCUGCAGAAGAACUUCCUCAUUUGAACACGUUAUUUAGUUUUUGCCCUCGGGGUAGUCAGCAGGAGCUCCGACCGACCUGUUUGGCACCAGAACCAGUUUAAUGAUUGAACCAGUAUGAUUGAACCAGUUUUAUGAUUGAUCCAGUUUAAUGAGAGGAACAUGAACCUGGACGUCUCUCAGCUGCAGCUCUGACCUCUGGAGUUCUCCACCCAAGGCUCAGCUGCAAAGACCCGAUGGCAGAACCAGGGAGGGGGUCUGAGGACCCGAAUGGCUCGGAUCCGAUGACUGCAGGUGGAAGCCCCGGUUGUUCCAGCUUAACCACUAAGGAGCUCCAACAGAACUGGAAGCUGGCAAAGCAAAAGGAGCGACCUGUCCGGUUGCUGUUUGAGAUCCCGUUGAGUCGAGUUGUGGAGCAGCUGCUGCACAAACAUGUGGUGUACCAGAUUGUGGUGAUGCGGUCCGGCAGCUUUGAUUCCCACCGUGUUUCCGUAGAACGCCGCUACAGUGACUUCUUCCGGCUUCACCACAAACUGUUGGAGGAGUUUGACGAAGAACUGGAGGAUGUUGUUUUGCCCCCCAAACUUCUGACGGGGAAUUUCAAUUGCGAGAACAUUUUAGAGCGGCGUAUGGCCCUGCAGGACUACCUGGCCAAGCUCUUUGCCACCCGCUGUGUCAGACACUCAGCUCACUUCUCGGAGUUCUUCACUGAGCAGGAGCAGAAGCAGGCCCAUGUGCUGCUGCGAGCGGGGCAGUUCACUGCCGCUCUGGAGCUGCUGAAAACGGUUCUGGAGAUCCAGGAAAAGCUGUUGCCGUGGCAGAAGUCCACCCUGACCGUCCCAGCGCUGUCUGCCAUCGCCGUGUGUUACCGGGACCUGGAUGAGCCAGAGCAGGCGUUCUCAGCCGCUCAGCGAGCUCUCCCUCCGGUGAGACGCUAUGGGCUGAAGCCCUACCGGGCGGCCCUGCUGGAGCUGCUGGUGGACCUGGGGUACCAGCUGGGACGUCCCGUGGCUCAGCUGCAGGACGAACUCACAGCCCUCCGAAACGGUGAGAGAGGAGAGGUGUGCUUCCGCUCCCUGAAGGAGGUGGUGAUCCACAAGUUCGUCUGAGGAAGAACAGGAACCAAGACUUUCCUGAGAACCUGAAACAGGACUAUUUGAAUUUCAUAAGGACCCCAUGAGCUCCAUAAAGGUUUUAUUUGGUUAAUAAUCAUCAUCGAUUUGACACCCUCUUAAAUAAUUGAUCAGUUGUUUCAACUGGUCCUAACUAUUGAUUAUGGAGGAUUUUUAAUUCUUCUGAACAAAUACAUUCAAAA